CCCGCCCGCCCGCUGCAGCACCUUCUCCAGCCUCCCGGGGCAGGACCGCUCCCUGGUGGCUGCCACUUCACGGACAGCACCUGCUAGGUCGGCUUCGGUCCUCGGACACGUGUAGAAUUCAUCAUUGGGACACACCUUUGCAUCGUUUCACCCAGAAAGAAGUUCUGUGUGGCUUGUGAGUCUGCUCCAGCAAUCGGACCCUUCACAGGAACUUAAGGACUAGGAUGGAAGAGCUAGCACCAGAGGAAAGCCAUGGCCAACCACCCAGCCCUCUCUAUGGCUCUCUGAGAAAGGCCGUGACUGCUGCUCUGACGUUGGAUGGAGAAUCCACACUAGGUCGCAGGAGAAAGAAGAGAAAAGAGUCUCGCCCAGAAUCUAUCAUCAUCUACCGGUCAGAGAAUGAGAAAGUUGAUGAGGAUGCCGGGGAAUCUGAAGGUGGAGACCAACCAAAGGAGGAGGAGGAGGGAGAUUUCCUAGAUUACCCAGCUGAUGAUGGUUUGUGGAACAUGCCCGUGGACAGCCGCUAUGUCACAUUAACUGGGACCAUCACACGAGGGAAGAAGAAGGGUCAGAUGGUGGACAUCCAUGUCACGUUGACAGAGAAGGAGCUACAGGAACUGACCAAAGCCAAAGAGUCAUCACAGGAAGCAGCACCUGAAGACAGAAAAGCCUGCCUGAUGGCAGCAGAUCGUGGGCCCCAUGUGGUUCUCUGGACGCUGGUCUGCCUGCCCGUGGUUUUCAUCUUGUCUUUCGUUGUCUCUUUCUACUAUGGUACUAUCACUUGGUACAACAUCUUCCUUGUGUACAAUGAGGAGAGGACUUUCUGGCACAAGAUCUCCUGUUGCCCCUGCCUCAUUCUCUUCUAUCCUGUCCUCAUCAUGGCCAUGGCCUCUUCCCUGGGUCUCUAUGCCGCUGUGGUCCAGCUCUCAUGGUCCUGGGGAGCAUGGUGGCAAGCUGCCCGGGACAUGGAGAAAGGUUUCUGUGGCUGGCUCUGUAGCAAGCUGGGUCUGGAAGACUGUUCUCCUUAUAGCAUUGUGGAGCUCCUUGAAUCGGAUAACAUCUCAGCCAGUCUGUCCAACAAAGACACUACCCAGGAAGUCGAAACGUCCACUCUCUAACUCCUUAAUAACUGCUUUCCUUCUCUGGUUCCAGCAGCCUCUAUCUUGUGUUCCAGUUCCAGAUGGCUCUUUCUUUAGCUCCCCCAGUGUUCUUCUGGAAGAUGAUAACCCUCACUGAUCUGUCCUACCAUCUUCUAGGAUGAUUCCAGAAGGACAAGAAACAGAAAAGUUUGUGUCAAAGCAGUGCAUUCAAUGAAUGGAUGUUUCAUUUCCUACCCCCAAAAUGGAUGCUUCUCUGGGUCAUGGUUUUCAGCUGUGUGUCAAUUUAGGAGUUUGAAGGAAAGCUUGAAGUGAUGCUGUUACUUGUAACCUACGGGUUAAGUGACAUCAGAGAUGCAAGGAUUAUAAGGAGGUUCAGUUCUGGGAGAUCAACUUCACCGCUAAGACAACACACUGGGAUGGAACAAAACUUUUAGGAAGCAGGGCUACCACUGUGAAGCAGAUGUAAAAAUUUGUGUAUAUUCCUUAGAGUUGAUUUAUGUACAUAUAAUUCAAUUGUCAGUGGUUUAAAUAAGAUUGAAUCUGUUUCUUUCUUGAAUAGAAGAAAUGUGGGGACAGUCUGUCAUGGGACUGGAUGAGACCAUCAGUGUCCCAUGCUACUUUUACUCUCGCUCCUAAGAUGUGACUCUUAACCCCAGUGCUGAUUACCUUCCUGUUCUCAGAUUUGUGAUUCUAGUAGGAGAGGGAGGGACAAAGAAAAAUCACAUCCAUCUCAUUUAGGGAGCUUCCCCACAAGUUCCAACCAACAUUUUCAUUGGUUGGAGCUUAGUCAACAUGACCUCAGAAGCAAAAUAAUCUGGAAAAUGUAAUCUUGGCCAGGAAGCUAUAGUGUAGGCUAAAUAUUGAAGUUGUACUCAUCUAAGAGAAAAAGAUUACAUGGAUAUUUUGGUAGACAAGUAAGAGUCUCUGCUUCAUAGUAACUAUUAAAAAAACAUUGAGAUCCCAGAGUGAUUGUAUAGAUUUAGCUAUUUAUUUAUGUAUUUACCUAGGCAUAAUCUUGCACAGAAAAUUUAUACACAGAUGCUAGCUACAUAUAUUAAGUGGUUUUUAUAUACAUAGAUCCCAGCGACUUGUAUACUUCAUAAUUAAAUGUAAUGCCAGUGGUUUUAGGUUUUUGUAGAAAGACAGUGAAGGGUUGAGCACAAUUAUAUAGUAAGUAACAUAACUUGAUUUCUUGGUACGUAGCAGAAUUAGGUAGCUAAUUGAUCUAUGCUACAGACUAAAGACAGAAGUGAUUGGAUCUCCCCCCAGUAGGGACCAGUAGCCCUGAGCACAAAAAUACAGAUUUAGCUUCCUGUUUGGCAAAAAACUCCUUCAGACCAUUCUGGAACUUAACAAACUGUAUCUUAGUGGCAUUGAGAAGCAUGUGCCUUCUUGGCCUCUAGGGGGAUAAACAAGAUAAAUACAGUUGGAGAGACUCAGAACUUGGCAAAAAAAAAAAUCCUUCCUUAGGAUGACCAUCAAAUUUUCAAAAGUUCUACUCCUAAAAAGUUGAGCAUCAUUUGAAGGGUUGGGCCCUUGUCAGAACAGCUGGUGCCCAUUUCUUUUUCAUAGUUGAGACAGAAUCACACCUAAUGAGCCGGCCAUACUUUCCCACAGGUAAGGGACAUCUACAUAGUGCAUGGUGCUGAACUCUGCCUGCAAGGGGACUUUUUAUCUGUUUCCUUUAAAAAGCAACAGCUGUUACUUUAAAAACACACACACACCUCUGCCCAGCAUUUAAAAAAUAAUAAUAACUGUGGUGCUCUUUGGUGAUUUUGCAGAAAUAGAAACAACUGAAGUGAAGGCAAAAUAAAUAAAAUCUGAUGAGCUUUUUUGCUCAUUUGUCUUUGAGGUCCACCAAAAUUAUUUUGAAUGCUAUUUGUCUGCAAAAGGAGUAACUGUAUACACACAAGUAUAAUGAUCAUUAAUGUGGAUCCUUAUGUCUUGAUUUUUUUUUUUUCAGUUCUACUGUUUAUUUUUUUUAUACAAUUUUGAAAAUAUAUACUCUUUUUUUUUUCCUAUACAUUGGUUUAUGGGGAUUCCAUGUGUGGACUGUCUCUGUGGGUCCCAUAUUUGCCUAAUUUGUCAUCUCAGUGACAAAUUACAACUAUACUUGUUAAUAUUUCCUGGGGUUAGAGAAACCAGUGGCCAAAAUCAAAAACAGUCCUGAGUAGGAUCAGGAUAAAAUGACCUUAGUGGGCUGGAAUAAGGCAGGCCUGAGGUCCAAGAUGAAGCUGACAAGACUUAAUCACGCUAGCUGAGCUCUCCACCUAGUGGAAGUGAUGGCUUUUGAAACAGUUUAAAAGGGAUCUUGACUCAUGUACAACUCUAGUCCAGUUGAAGGACAUCUUAACCAAACAAAGCUAAAACAGUCUUGUCUUUGGCCUCCAAAUACACAUCAAGAGCCUUAGAGGAGGAAACGGAGAAUGAGAUAGCAUACUUGGGACAUUUUUUUUUUUUUUUUACAGUUAACAAACGAUUAGAAGUGCUAUUUUAGGGAGGAGAUUUACCUUUUUUUCUAUUCAAUUAUUAUUUGAAUUCUUUUAAGUAUAUACUACUUUUAUACUACUUUCUCUGACUAGAAUAAGAGUGUGUUAAGAAUUUUAAAAGUUCGCUGUCUUUAUAAAACCUUCUUUGAUAAAUGCAGUGCUUACUGAUAUUCUUCUAAACUCCUACCCAACAUCUAUACACCUCUAAGGCUUUGCAUGUGGUCUUUUGAAAAUAUUGACAGGUUAAGUGCACAUGGUGCAAAGCAAGGACCAUCAUAAGGAUCCCAGUUCGAGCCCCCGGCUCCCCACCUGCAGGAGAGUCACUUCAUAGGCAGUGAAGCAGGUCUGCAGGUGUCUCUCUUUCUCUCCCCCUCUGUCUUCCCUUCCUCUCUCCAUUUCUCUCUGUCCUAUCUAAUAAUGACAACAUCAACAACAAUAAUAACUACAACAACAAUAAAAAACAACAGGAGCAACAAAAGGGAAAAAUAAAUAUAAAAAUUUUUUAAAAGGAGAAAAUAUUUAUAGUGAGAGAGGAGAGAAAGAGAGAGAAAGGAGAGAGAAGAAAGAAAGAACUGCUCGGAUCUGUCAUAAGGUGGUGCCAAGGACUUGAAACAUUCUUAUUGCUACCUAAUCUUCGUGGUUAUCAACGACUAUUAUAUUUCAAUUCCUCUGCGGCCACUUUAUACUGGAUAACCUAUGUCUGAUCUAGUAUGAUGCUGAUGUUUAUAAGCCAGUAAAUAAGUCUAUUAUCAAUUGGCAUUAGGUGGCAUCUUCAAUUCAAGUUUGAAACAAAGCCUCUGUCUUCAGUACAUCAUGACAUAACUAUUGAAUACUUCCGGAUGAUCUGAAAGUUCCAUUCUGCCAUUUUGGGAUGACCAUCUAGGGCUUAAUUUUCACAGUUCUGCAAAAGAUUAAUGACCAACAUGAAACCUUUUUCCUUCCUCAAUUGAUUUAAUUGCUCAAGAAACCUUUUCUAUGGGUUUUUAAAUAGUACAUGUUAUAUAAGACAUAGUAUAUUUUUACUGGGGUAUAAAACUUUAUUUCAUAUCUGUAGCUUGUUUUUAACCGAUUUUUCUUUUUUCUUUUUUUUAAAAAUAAUUUAUUUAUUCAUGAGAAAGGAAGGAAGGAGAGAGAGAGAGAGAGAGGGAGAGAGAGAACUAGAUAGCACCCUGGUACAUGUGCUACCAGGAAUUGAACUUGGAACCUUAUGGUAUCUGAAAAAGUCAGCCUAGGGCAGUGAAGCCCCAAGGAGGGGGCAGAGGAAGAAAAGAUAUUUAGAGAUUAUUUACAUUAGGUAAAAUUCAUUCUCUUAAGGCAUGUGAGUCAGUGAUUUCCCAUUUCAGUUUUAUAACCAUCUAUAUAUUUAAUUUAAAAUAUUUCAAUAACCCUAAAAGAAACCCUAUACCCAUAAGCAGCCACCCCAGUCUACAUCUUCCCUCAGAACAUGGCAGCAACUCGUACAGUUUGUUUCCAUGAAUAUACCCAUUAUGAACAUUUUGUGUAAGUAGAAUAAUACGAUAUGUGACCUUUACUGACUGACUUUACUCACUUAACAAGAUGUUUUCAAAAUGUUUCUAUGUUACAGCAUGUAACCUGUACUUCAUUCCUUUCUAUGACUAAUAAUACCCUGUUGUUUGUUAAA